CCUUGACGAAAAUUGAUUUACAUAGCAGGGAUGGAAGGCUUAAUCUAACAACAAUGAUAAAAUAAUUAUCAAUGCUACUCUUAAUUGGAUAAUUUCAUCUCCUUUUCAAGAACCCUACAUGCCUUUAUUGAAGAAAACACCUUCACAUUAGAAGUUCCCGCCAUUUGUAUAACAUCUUUUCCGGCACUCACACUGUUCUCAAUUCAAUCGUUCAUGCUCGCAUUGCAUUUUCGCCCUUGCUUUCCUCUUCCCUUCCAUCGCUCCCUAACAGUUAGGGUUUCCUCUCUCCUCUCUUUUCCUCUUUCUCUCUCCUCCGCCGUCCCUCUCCGCGCCAUGUCGAAGCCCCCCUCCGCCUUCGAUGCCCUCAUGUCCGGCGCACGCGCCGCCGCCGCCGCCAAGAAAAAAUCCCAAUCCCUUUCCCAAUCAUCACCCUCAUCCCCCAAGAAACGCAAAACCCCACCCUCCUCUUCCUCACAAAACCCUAGCGACCUCAAACCUCCUUCCCCACCCAAAACCGUUACACCUCAAGAAGGCGCCGUUAAGCCCGAACCGCUGAAGGUCCGCCACGUGUCAUCUUCUUCUUUUUCGCAGGAGAAGACCGCGGAGCUUAAGAAGCAAGCUCCGCAGCUGAAGAAGAAACCCUCCGAUUUCGAUCCCGCUUCUAUAAGUGCAUGGGAGAAGGGCCAACCCGUGCCGUUUCUAUUUCUCUGCUUGGCCUUCGACAUGAUUUCUCAAGAAUCCGGAAGAAUUGUCAUCACUGAUAUUGUUUGCAAUCUUCUGAGGACUGUGAUGUACUCCACGCCGGAGGAUCUUGUUAAGGUCGUUUACCUCUCCGCGAACCGGAUUGCGCCCGCUCACGAAGGGAUGGAAUUGGGUAUUGGCGACGCUUCCAUCGUCAAGGCGCUUGCUGAGGCGUACGGAAGGACCGAGGUGUGGAUUAAGACUCAGUAUCAGAAAAAAGGGGAUUUGGGCUUGGUUGCUAAAGAGAGCCGUUCCUCGCAGCCUAUGAUGUUUAAGCCCGAAGCAUUGACUAUUACGAAGGUUUUCAACACUUUUCGUCUUAUUGCUAAGGAAUCUGGGAAAGAAAGUCAAGAGAAGAAAAAGAAUCAUAUCAAGGCACUUCUUGUUGCUGCAACUGACUGUGAACCUCAAUAUCUAAUCCGUUUGCUACAGACAAAGUUGCGAAUUGGCUAUGCUGAGAAAACUCUCUUAGCUGCAUUGGGCCAAGCUGCAGUAUACACUGAAGAACACUCUAAACCGCCUCCUGAUAUUCAGUCUCCUUUAGAAGAGGCUUCAGAGAUUGUUAAACAAGUCUAUUCUGUACUUCCUGACUAUGACAAAAUAAUAUCUGCACUGCUUACAGAGGGUCUAUGGAUGCUUCCAAAGAAAUGUAAUUUUACUCCUGGUGUUCCAAUUGGACCUAUGCUAUCAAAGGCAACAAAGGGUGUAUCUGAAAUUCUAAAUAAAUUCCAGGAUGUGGAGUUUACCUGUGAAUACAAAUAUGACGGAGAGCGUGCCCAGAUACAUUACCUGGAGAAUGGAUCAGUUGAGAUUUACAGUAGAAAUGCAGAACGGAAUACUGGGAAGUUUCCUGAUGUUGUUGCCGCUGUUUCAAGGUUAAAGAAACCAACUGUAUCAUCAUUUAUUCUUGAUUGUGAAAUUGUUGCAUAUGAUCGUUCAACACAGAAGAUCCGUUCUUUCCAGAUGCUUAGUACUCGGGCUCGCAAGAAUGUAGAAAUUGAAGAUAUAACGGUUGGUGUUUGCAUAUUUGCUUUUGAUUUGUUGUAUCUUAAUGGCCAAGCACUUCUUCAGGAAAACCUGAGAGUCCGUAGAGAGCAUCUCUAUGCCUCUUUUGAGGAAGAACCCGGAUUUCUUCAGUUUGCAACAACAAUAACAUCAAAUGAUGUUGAGGAAAUACAGAAUUUUCUUGACCAAGCUGUUGGUGCUAGUUGUGAGGGAUUAAUUAUUAAAACAUUAAAUGAGGAUGCUACAUAUGAACCUUCCAAGCGAUCACUCAACUGGCUAAAACUGAAGAAAGAUUAUAUGGACAGUAUAGGGGACUCACUAGAUUUGGUACCUAUUGCUGCUUUCCACGGUCGUGGGAAACGUACAGGAGUUUAUGGUGCCUUCCUCCUUGCUUGCUAUGACAAUGAUAAUGAAGAAUUUCAAAGUAUUUGCAAGAUAGGAACGGGAUUCUCUGAAGCUGUGCUUGAAGAACGUUCUUCUAGUCUUCGUUCUAAAGUGAUUCCCAAACCAAAGGCAUACUAUAGAUUUGGAGAAACAAUAAAUCCUGAUGUCUGGUUUGAAGCCAGUGAGGUGUGGGAGGUGAAAGCUGCCGACCUGACCAUUAGCCCUGUUCACCGUGCUGCAGUGGGCAUAGUAGAUCCGAACAAGGGCAUAUCUCUACGAUUUCCACGACUACUUCGAGUCAGGCCUGACAAAGCUCCUGAACAGGCCUCAUCAUCUGAGCAGGUUGCUGAAAUGUAUAAGGCUCAAAAACACAAUCACACGAACAACCAAAAUGACGAUGAAGAUGAUGAUUGAGUGAAAAAAUUCUGUUUCUCAUGCUGAGCUAUAAAAUCUCAGUAAUUUUUGCUGAUGCAAAUGCGAAUUCUUUACCUUCAAGCAUAGGUCAGAGAGCAUAACUGCUUUUUCUACAUGAUUGAAGGUUCGGUGUACAACGUGGAAGAAGCUCAUGGAGGGUCCAAAAAGUAGACAUUUGCGCUUAAACCAUGUUAAUUAGACAAUUUUUCAGAAGUAGACGUUUGUUCUUUGUAACAUGAUGCAGUAGUUAAGGCCUGAUAGCAUCGACGAAAACAGUUUUAAAUAUUUUUCGCGUUAAUGGAUCUCAAUAUUAGUCCAUGUGUCAAAUGAUGGUUGUGUUGUGAGAGAGCUUUUAUCUUUCGGUAUCCAAUAGUAAAAUUGUUGUGUUGAAGUUGCU